AUGGCGUUGAAGGAAGCCUUUGGUCACAUCUAUUUCAGCCCUUCGAAAACUGUUACGUUUACAACUUCACCUAGAAGGCAAAAGGAAGAUCUGACCAUCACAAAUUACUCGGAUCAUGAAAUUAUGUUCAAAAUGAAAAGCACGCAUCCACGAUUAUUUAGAAUGAGGCCGGUGUACGGAAUAAUCUCACCGCAGAGAGAAGUGAGCAAACCGUCAGUUGUUCCAGUACUUUGA